AUGGCAGCCAGAAAUCCAUCCGUAGUAAAGUCAAAGACAGUCAAAGUGGGUCCCGUCGGUAAUCCGAUACCUACAAUCUCUGACCAGCCAUCGGUCACCGUCUCCGACCACAUAUUACAGCCCCUAAAACGGCCUUUAGCUGGCUAUGUUUGUGUGAGUCACGACAUUUCAACGAAACCAUAUGGUAUAACAGGUAUUUUGAUCAACAAAAUUCAUUUCUUUUCUAGGAAAAUCUUGCUCGUUAUCUACACAGGCACCACCAGUAAGAAAGCUCCUAUUAGAAACAACCAUACGAGAGUUCUAUAUAACCCUGUGGAUCCAAAGAGUCGCCCUCUGAUGAGUCCCCUGCAACUAGCUUCAGAUCUGAUAAAAACAUCAAGCACUCGUAUUACUUACCGGCCACGAAACAAGGCGAUAUGGGUGAGAUGCAGACAUUUUCACGCACAAUGUUUUGGUAGGCGAAUUGGGACAAGUGGUGGGUGGGAUCCCGAUUGACGGCAGUUUGCUAUUGCCAGCUCUUCUCUACCUCCAAGUGAAAGGGCUCCAGUUUAUGGCAUUCCUACUACUGCAAAUCGUUCAACCUCAUGGAUUAAUGAUGAAUCUUCCCUCUCUUCCAUCUCUUUUCCAGAUGGCUCGAUGUACAGGGCUAUUCUCCGAGAUGAAACAAACAGUUCCAUUUGUGGCUUCUUUUGCAUUCAAGGAGCCUCCUGCACAUCUUACCUCUUUGCUAUUCUUCUCAAUCGACAUGAUCCGGUGGUGAUUUGGUCAGCCAACCGAGACUACCCGAUUAGAAACGGAGCAAUCCUGAAUCUCACUGCAGCUAAUGAAUUGGUCUUAUAUGAUGUGGAUGGAAGCAAAGUUUGGGCUACAAACACUACUGGGAAAUCAAUUGCUGGCAUGAAACUAAAUGAUAACGGAAAUCUUGUGUUGUUUGAUGGUGAUAACUCGAUGGUUUGGCAAUCAUUUGAUCACCCUACAGACUGUUUGGUAGCUGGGCAAAAACUAUUUCAAGGACAGAAGCUCAUACCUAGUGUUUCAUCAACCAACUGGGCAGCUCAAAAAGAUUCAUACUCUCUUCAAGUCACCAACAAAGGUUUGUUUGCUUAUGUUGAAUCAAACCCACCUUUAGUCUACUAUCGUCACUUGGUAAAUGGCACAGAUACAGAUAAACAAACCAGGUAUGUCGAGUUCUUUAAUGGGAAUUUGUCUUUCUUCAAUUUUUCAACCGAGCCAAGUCUACCUAAAAAAUUCCCACUUCAGUAUAUGAAACUAAUGCCAAAUGGGCAUUUAACAGUGUUUGAAUACGAUUCUUCAGUGGGGUCAGUAGGGUGGAUGGCGGUGGCUGAUCUACUAACCGGUGAUCUAGGAGAGUGUUUUUAUCCAUUGGCUUGUGGGAGAAAUGGCAUUUGCUCGGGUAAUCAAGAAUGUAGUUGUCCAAGAUCAAGCUUUCCGGGGAUGGACUCUUUUAGGGCAGUUAAUGAUAGCGAACCCAACAUGGGUUGCUCUCAAGUUACUCCUCUCACAUGUAAUGCUACUCAAAAUCAUACGUUUAUUGAAAUCAAGAACGUAAAGUACUUCACCUAUACUGUCGACAUAGAGAAUGUGGAUUUGGGGACUUGCACACAAGCGUGUCUGAACAACUGCUCAUGCAAAGCAGCUCUAUUUGAGUAUGGUGAUCCGAGUCAUUCAAAUGGGAAUUGUUACUUACCUACUGAGCUUUUUACAAUGACAAAGGUUAAUGUAGAGAACGCUAUUGUUUAUAUAAAAAUCCAGAAUGAAAGAUCAAAUACUUGGGCUAAUCUGUCCCAACCUCAACCUCAUGAUUCAGUACCAAAAACAAAAAAUCAAGUUAAGACAGUUGUGGGUUCCAUAAUUGGCAGUUUUGUGCUUCUUCUUAUUGUGGUUAUAGGUUUUACCAAGUUACGAGAUAAAAAGAAAAAAACAAAUACCCAAAUGGAAGAAGAGUUUUUAGAUCAAGUGCCAGGAAUGCCCACUCGGUUUUCGAAGAACUUCGAUAAAUCACUGCCAGAAGAAAAUUGGCACUUACUGCGUGUUUUUGAGAGAUGUUGGGAACAUGGAACGUUGUUAAGCAUAGUCGAUAGGUACAGUGAAGAUAUGCAGAUACAUGGUACAGAAGUCGUGGAGAUGAUGAAAGUUGCUUCAUGGUGUUUGCAGACUGAUUUCAGGAAAAGACCUUCAAUGUCAGUGGUGAUUAAGGUGUUAACGGGAGUAAUUAAUGUUGAAUCAAACUUGGAUUACAAAUUCUCAUACACAAGCCAGCAGAAAACAACAGUUAAACAUGGAAAAACCUCGUUACCAUUGUUACCUUCUAUUCUAUCCGGGCCUAGAUAUCAAUCGUGCGGGAUGGUGAUAAAACAAGAAAAGUUGUUGAUCGGAAGUAGGCACAGGAUAUUGAGGUGA